GUGAGAGCACGGCUCGCGUAUUGAAGUCUCUGGGCACGCAAGCACACUGCUCGCACAGCUCACGCAGCCUCCUCACAGUGCUCCUCACGCAGUGCCAAUCAGGCUCCACGAACGAGCCCGCCGCCGUGCUCCUAGGACCUCAAAAAGCAGGAUCCCAAUACCUGCGUCCGAGCGCACGCCAUCGACGCGCUGAGCCAGCAUAAAGUCGCGCUAAGAAGACCAGGACAAGCCCCCAUGCCCGCGACGCGGUCCACCACAAACAACACCGACGGCCUCGCCUUCGAGGCCGUCGCCGUCACCCUCGAAGUAAGCAAAGGCGUACAAAAAACUAUAGUAAGAGACGCGCGCGGUUCGGUCGGAAAGCACGGCCUCCUCGCGAUUCUAGGCCCGUCCGGCGCGGGAAAAACGACUCUAUUAGCAGCGCUCGCGAGAGAGCGGCCGUGCGACGCGGGGUCCAAGAUCUGGCGGCCCGCGGGCGGUGCCAAUUUCUUGCCCCAAGACGACCGUUUGUUGCCCUUCCUCACGGUCCGCGAAACUUUGCGGUUCGCGGCGGAGUUAAGGUGGGACGGUGUCGAUGAGAGGUGGGACACGUCUGCUAAAAGAGCCGAGAGGGCCGAGAGUGUCUUGGAGACGCUCGGGUUGUCAGAGGUGGGCGACACGAGGGUCGGAUCGGCGCUGAAGCGGGGCGUGAGUGGCGGCGAGAGGAGGCGGACCGCUUUAGGUGUGGAAUUGGUGCUCAUUCCCUCGUUACUGUUAGCUGACGAGCCGACGUCUGGUUUAGAUUCAACAGCAGCUUUACAAUUAGCUAUUUUAUUGCGAGAGGCGGAAGCUACUGUGGUGGCAUCAGUGCACCAACCGGGCGCGCGCGUCUUCCAGCAAUUUACCGACGUGGUGGUGUUGGCUCCUGGUGGUGGUACCGCUUAUGCGGGGCCCGCUGAUAGUGCGGCAUCUACGUGCGCGUCACUCUGCAAGGUGAAGGUGCCGCCUCUCACCUCGGCGGCUGAAGUUUUGUUGGACCUCGUCGACGAUCCUGCCACGCGGUCCAUCCUGGUCUCACAAAGUGCGCCUGCUACUACUCGAGUUUCUCAUGAUGAGGAUGAACCACAACUGAGCACGCGGUCGCGCUUCCGGCCUCUGCUAACGAGGGCGUGGCUCAACAAUGCGCGCGCUCCAGCGGCCACAGUCGCUGCUGUUGGUCGGUCCGUGACCAUGGCUCUGCUGGUGGGCGCUCUCUACUCCGGGAGUCGCGGAACGUCGACGCAAACAGCGGUCUCCGAUAGAACUGGAGCGCUCUUUUUCGUAUUGGUGAACCAGGCCUUCUCCGCGAUGGCGUCCCUCCGAGUCUUCAUCGAGGAACGCUCGGUCUUCGAGCAUGAAAGACGCAGGAGGGCGUAUAGUACAAGGGACUACUUCCUCGCCAAGUCGCUAGCGGAGCUGCCGAUCCAGGGCGCCGUGGCGCUACUAUUCGCGGGCAUGGCCUACGCCAUGGUCGGGUUGAGGGCAUCUCUCUACUCGUUCGGAGGGCACUGCGUCGUCCUAGCCCUGGCGACGUUAGUGGCCGAAAGUUUAGUUAUUUGGGUAGGUGCUGGUGCUUCCGACGCUAGAACAGCGGUCGUCAUCUGUCCGGUGGUGCUCUCGACCUCACUGUUAUUUGGGGGGCUCUUCGUGUCGCUGGCGUCGUUGCCACGCUUCUUAGCACCGUUGCAAUAUUUAUCAUUGUUCAGAUACGGCUUCGCGGGUCUCCUGAAGCUCGAAUUUCAGCACGCGGAUGCGGUGUUCGACUGUUCUUCUGAAGAUAAAGAAUUACUAGCUCAAAGGGUGAUCGAUGCGGGCGCGCCGGCGAAGUUACUUGGGCGAUUGGUGAAGAGCCUGCCGUGCCCGACGCCCGAUGGGGAGACGCAUGUCAAGCGCGUGCUGGGGGACGACGCCGCGUCCCGCUCCAUUCUGAUGGACGCGGGCGCGUUGUUCGCGCUGUUGGUCGCCUUCCGCGUGCUGGCUUUGAGAGCGCUCGAGCGGCGGACGGCGUCGGCGGUGGUCGUGGCGAAGGCCAAAAAAGCGUAAGGGACAAUAUUAUGUUAGACGGCGUCGUUCGCCGGGGGUUGGG